GUGUUGGCUCCUUCCUCCUGUAUUCAGUCCACGAGGGCAUCCGUGGCAUUCCCCUGGACCCCAACGACAAGUCGGACGCUCUCGUGCCCGUGUCGGGGACCUCCCUGGCCGUGGGGAUCGACUUCCAUGCAGAGAACGACACCAUUUACUGGGUGGACAUGGGUCUGAGCACCAUUAGCCGGGCCAAGCGGGACCAGACGUGGCGGGAGGACGUGGUCACCAAUGGCAUUGGCCGCGUGGAGGGCAUCGCUGUGGACUGGAUCGCUGGAAACAUCUACUGGACGGACCAGGGCUUCGACGUCAUCGAGGUGGCCAGGCUGAAUGGGUCCUUCCGCUACGUGGUCAUCUCGCAGGGGCUGGACAAGCCGCGGGCCAUCACAGUCCAUCCAGAAAAGGGGUAUCUGUUCUGGACAGAGUGGGGGCAGUACCCCCGCAUCGAACGGUCGCGCCUGGACGGGACCGAGCGGAUGGUGCUGGUGAACGUCAGCAUCAGUUGGCCCAACGGGAUAUCCGUCGACUACGAGGAUGGGAAGCUUUACUGGUGUGAUGCCCGGACAGACAAGAUUGAACGAAUCAACCUGGAGACAGGCGAAAACCGAGAGGUCGUCCUGUCCAGCAACAACAUGGACAUGUUCUCGGUGUCGGUUUUUGAGGAGUACAUUUACUGGAGCGAUAGGACUCAUGCGAAUGGCUCCAUCAAAAGAGGCAACAAGGACAACGCCACCGAGUCGGUGUCCCUGCGGACAGGGAUUGGCGUGCAGCUCAAGGACAUCAAAGUCUUCAACCGCGCCAGGCAGAAGGGCACCAACAUCUGUGCCCAGAGCAACGGGGGCUGCCAGCAGCUCUGCCUGUUCCGGGGCAACGGGCAGAGGACGUGUGCCUGCGCCCAUGGCAUGCUGUCCGAGGACGGGGUGAGCUGCCGGGACUACGAUGGCUACCUGCUGUAUUCGGAGCGCACCAUCCUCAAGAGCAUCCACCUGUCAGACGAGAACAACCUCAAUGCACCCAUCAAGCCCUUCGAGGACGCGGAACACAUGAAAAACGUCAUUGCCCUGGCCUUUGACUACCGCUACGGCUCCAAGGGCAGCAACCGCAUAUUCUACAGUGACAUCCACUUUGGCAACAUCCAGCAGAUCAACGAUGACGGCACAGGGCGCAAGACCAUCGUGGAGAAUGUGGGCUCGGUGGAGGGGCUGGCGUACCACCGCGGCUGGGACACGCUGUACUGGACAAGCUACACCACCUCCACCAUCACCCGUCACACCGUGGACCAGAGCCGCCUGGGGGCUUUCGAGAGGGAGACGGUGAUCACCAUGUCGGGGGACGAUCAUCCCAGGGCCUUUGUGCUGGACGAGUGCCAGAACCUCAUGUUCUGGACCAACUGGAACGAGCAGCACCCCAGCAUCAUGCGUGCCACCCUCUCUGGUGCCAACGUCCUCAUCAUCAUUGACCAGGACAUACGGACACCCAACGGGCUGGCCAUUGACCACAAGGCCGAGAAGAUCUACUUCUCUGAUGCCACCCUGGACAAAAUCGAACGCUGUGAAUAUGAUGGCUCCCACCGCCACGUGAUCCUGAAAUCGGAGCCCGUGCACCCCUUUGGCCUGGCCGUCUACGGCGAUUACAUCUUCUGGACGGACUGGGUGCGCAGGGCUGUGCAACGAGCCAACAAGUAUGUGGGCACCGACAUGAAGCUUCUGCGUGUUGACAUCCCCCAGCAGCCCAUGGGCAUCAUUGCCGUGGCCAACGACACCGACAGCUGUGAGCUGUCCCCUUGCAGGGUGAACAACGGCGGCUGUCAGGAUCUCUGCCUGCUCACGCCCAAAGGACACGUCAACUGUUCCUGCCGCGGCGAGCGUGUCCUGCAGGAGGAUUUCACCUGCAAAGCCCUGAAUUCCACCUGCAACAUGCACGACGAGUUUGAGUGUGGGAACGGCGACUGCAUUGACUUCAGCCGGACCUGUGACGGCGUGGUCCACUGCAAGGACAAGUCAGAUGAGAAGCAGUCCUACUGCAGCAGCCGCAAGUGCAAGAAGGGUUACCUGCACUGCAUGAAUGGGCGCUGCAUCGCCAGCCGCUACUGGUGCAAUGGCGUGGAUGACUGUGGGGACAACUCGGACGAAGUGCCAUGUAACACCGCCACUGACUGCAGCAGUUAUUUCAAGCUGGGGGUGAAGGGUACCACGUUCCAGAAGUGCGAACACACCUCUCUCUGCUAUGCUCCGAGCUGGGUGUGCGACGGGGCGAACGAUUGCGGAGACUACUCGGAUGAGCGCAACUGCCCAGGCGGGAGGAAACCCAAGUGUCCGGCCAAUUACUUCGCCUGCCCAAGCGGGAGGUGCAUCCCCAUGACUUGGACGUGCGACAAAGAGGACGACUGCGAGAACGGAGAAGACGAGACUCACUGCAGUGAGCGGCAGGACAAGUUCUGCUACCCCGUGCAAUUUGAGUGCAACAACCACCGCUGCAUCUCCAAGCUCUGGGUGUGUGAUGGGGCAGACGACUGCGGGGAUGGCUCUGAUGAGGACAGCCGCUGCCGGCUGACCACCUGCAGCACAGGAUCCUUCCAGUGCCCAGGCACCUACGUGUGCGUGCCGGAGCGCUGGCUCUGCGACGGAGACAAGGACUGUGCUGACGGAGCCGACGAGACCCUCGCUGCUGGCUGCUUGUACAACAACACGUGCGACGAGCGGGAGUUCAUGUGCGGAAACCGCCAGUGCAUUCCCAAGCACUUCGUCUGCGACCACGAUGACGACU